CCUGAUCACCACUUUGAAGGCACUCCACCCACAGUUUUCACCUAAAAGCUCACUGCUCUACUCUCUCUCUCUAGGGUUUAUUAUAUAUAUCUUCGUCGGUAAUAUCGCCGGAAAUGAUUUUUCCGGCCAUCGGUUUUGUUAUGGAGUGUUAUUGUGAUGACGUCAUGUCGUGUAGCCGUCGCAAAAUCAGCGAUUUUUAGCCGUCUCGUGUUUGUUGAACCUUAAGCAAAAGCUACAGACUUUUUAGCUUAGGAGAGUUUCCAAGUUAUUCCAUGCUUUGUCGACUAAACCGCUAGAAGACUAUUUUCUACUCCAAAAAUUGAUUUUCUACUAGAUAAAAAGGUACCAGUUUUAGCUUAAACCUCUUUUGCAUUAGUUCUCGCAGUUCAUCAGUUUCUCGCCGAAUUCUCGUGAAUCAUUUGAAAUUUUCGUGAUCGAUUGUAGAGUGUGAACUUGAAAUUGUAGAGUCAGAAUUGUAGUUAUGCCUUUUCCGAUGAAGAUUCAACCUGUUGAUUUCAAUACUGUGGAAGAACCGAGUCGAUAUGACUCGUUUAAGCCGGUUCAGAAGUCACGGUUCAAGCGGCUAUUCGAGAGGCAAUUUUCAGGAUUUUUGAGAUCGUCGGCGCCGCCGGAUAAGCUGGUUGCCGGCGAAGAGUUGAUUUGUAAUAAGAAGGAUGUUGCGUCCGAAGAGUUCGAGCCGAGCUCCGUUUGUUUGGCUAAAAUGGUACAGACUUUCAUUGAAGAAGGCGAGGCUGAUAAACAUCGGUGCAAUCGGAACCAAAAAUGCAAUUGCUUUAACUGUAAUGGAACUGACAGCUCAGAGGAGGAAGCUGAUUCACUCAGUUGCUUCGUUGAAUCGAAUCAUACUUGUUGCAACGAUGCUUGUGAAAUCCUCAAGAGUUUGGUGCCGUGUCCUUCCCUUAUUGAAAGGAACGUUUUAGCUGAUAUUACAAAGAUCAUUGAGAAAAACAAGAUGGGAAAGCGAAAGGACAAUUUCAUCCGAAAGAUAGUUGUUGAUGGCCUCUUAGCUACGGGAUAUGAUGCUUCAAUCUGCGAGUCUCGCUGGGACAAAACUCCUUCCACUCCUGCCGGAACAUACGAAUAUGUUGAUGUGGUGACUGAAGGAGAAAGACUACUAAUUGACAUUGAUUUCAGAUCAGAGUUUGAAAUAGCAAGGUCGACCAGGUCCUACACAUUUCUCCUCCAAUUGCUGCCUAACACUUUUGUAGGCAAAGCGGAUCGCCUUCAGAAGAUUGUUCAUUUGCUAACAGAGGCUGCAAAGCAGAGCUUGAAGAAGAAAGGAAUGCCUUUUCCUCCAUGGCGUAAAGCUGAAUACGUGAAAGCCAAAUGGCUGUCACCUUACACCCGUAUCAAACCAACUCUAAUGGGGGCACCAACCGUGUCAAACUCUGCUCCUGAAACUGGCACUGCUUGCAAAACCUAUCAACAAGCGGUAAAAGAGGAGACUUCAGAAGAUUCUUGUGGGGAGCUGAAUCUGGUUUUUGGAGAGAGCAGCCCACUCUUGGAGAAUAACGCUAAGAGCGUGAUUACCUAUCCUCUAUCUGCUUGUGAUGAAGAAGAAAAGGAUGUGAUGGUGCAGCAAGGCAAACCACUGGAAACUAAACACAAGGAUUCAAGCAAUGGUGCUAGGAAGAUAACUGGUUUAACUUCUCUGAUUGAAGACCACACAUGAAAUUCUGACCUGUCCUAACCUUUUUGUCGUUUGUUGUUUCUAUGUGUCGAGUUGAAAACCCCGCGUGUUUUAGUAAUUGGGGCUAUUUGAAUCUACGGACCAUCUGCCUACUGGUUUGUCUCGGCAGUCCCCCUUCAAGUUUUAUAGUAAGGGUCUAUGAGUCCAUGCCACUAAUACAACUAUAUAGUCGAUAGAUUAGUAAAAGGAGCACUGGGAAGUGUCUUGUUUGUCAGUUUGGUUCUUGGAUAUUUUCCAAGUGUUUUGCCUAAAUGUUCAUAUUAGCAGAUACUUGCAUUGUUAGCUUGUAGUAUCACUGAUAUAAUGAAAAUGAAGUCUUGGAAUUAUUUUGGUAUGAGCUUCUCUUUUUGUAACUUUUCAUGCCUUACCAUUUGAAGGGGGCCAUAGUGCUUGUAGUGUUGUGUUUUA